CGCCCGUCUCUCUCGCUCUGUCCGUUCGUGACGUCGUGUCUGUUCGUUAGGCGGCGGUGCUUACAUUACCGACCGAGCAGGGUAUUCCUAACCUCUUUCGCGUGAACCUAGGAAAAGAAGAUAUUUUGCGCAGAAUGUAUUGCAAGAAAAAGAUUUUUUUGUAUUGUUGAUUAAUUUGAAGGCUUGAUUAAGAGUACCUUUGAUUUAUUCAGCUAUAGAGCGUUACAAAAAAAAAAUUGUGAGCUUAACCUAAAACAACACCAAAACAGGGCUGUUUUGAUUCUACGUCGCUCUAUUUGUUUAAAAAUGUAGAAUAUUUUGAUAAACAGAUUUACUUUAAUAAAGGAAGCUUAUAUAAUUAGAUAAAAUUAUACUGAACUGCGCCAUUGGCUGGCGAUUCUGGUAAAAAAGAAAUUUAAAGAUACUUAUAUAUGCAUUAUAGAUUUUUAUAUAUGCACAAACAUCAAUGCAUAUAAAAAAAAUGUAGUAAAUUUAGAAUUAAUAUAUUCAAUACUACAAUAUCAGACUGUGAUAAAGAUUGAACGCAGCUUUAGUUUCAGUACACUAUUACUUUAAGGAAGAUCUUCAAGUCCAAAGUUAUAUCGUGAGAUCACUAUUAAAUCUAGAUUUGUUAAAAUGACAUCGAUACUUUAUAUGCGUACUAGUUUGACAAUGAGUCGUUUUUUGUCAAAGAUUUUUGAGAAAAGUUAUGUAACAUAUAUUCAAGGUCAAUCUCCUCAACCUCGUGUGAGAGAGUAUUUUUAUUAUAUCGAUCAUCAAGGCAUGCUGUUUCUGGAUGAUGUUCGCAUAAGGAAUUUCACCUCCUGUUUUAAAGAUAAGAAAUUCCUGGCAUUUUUCUUUAAACAUCUGAAGAAAAAUAAUACCGGACGUUACAUGGAUGACUUCCCAUUCUUGUCAAUUUGCGGUGUGGAGAGGAACUAUGUGAGAUGCGACGAUUUACCAUUGGUUUUUACGAAGGUGAUUCAGAAACAUAACAUGGAAACUGGUGUGGAGGAGGACUGGUUUAGUUAUGCACAUGCGGAUAAUUUGUUGAUGGUACCAUUUGAGCCGCAAAGAUUGUUUAUGAAUGUUAAAACAGGAAGAGUAUAUCAUCCUGCCCCGGAAAAAACUGGAGGGAUCGGCUUAGUAAGAUCCAAUUUGGCUAUUGAGUUCAGUGCCUUGUUUGAUUUUGAAAAUGGUGAGGGAAAUCCACCGACGCAUUUCAUGUGGAAAGAUAAACGAUACCAGCUCGAUACAGAAUGGUAUCGAAAUAAAAUCAUGAAUAGUGACUUUGAUAAAAAAACUUUUAUUUAUAGUUUAUAAAUGAGCGGUAUAACUAUAAAAAAGGAAUUCUCUAAUAAGUGGUACGUUAAUCUGAAUAAACUUCGAAAGAUUU